GAAUAAUAAUGAUGUAUGUGUACUCUUGCCUUCUUUGUGCUCUGAGUGUUGUGGCGGUGGAGCCUCUCAACUUAAAUGGACAUGUUGGGAAAAAUGUUACAUUCAAAUGCUCCGACUGGAACGUUUGGGCUGGUGUAAAAUCUAAUGUUAAGUACCUUUGUGAUAAUCCAUGCUCAGAAAACAAACACAUCAUCAUUAAAGCAGAAUAUGGAAAGACUGCACAUGAGAAUAGAAUAGAGUUAACUAACAGAGCAGAAGGUUUGUUUGUGACUUUCACUAAUCUCCAAAAGUCAGACUCUAAGAAAUAUUAUUGUGGAGUGGAGAGAUUUGGCCCUGAUCCCUUGAUAGAGGUGAAUCUUAAAGUUAUAGAUGAGUCUCCCAAGAAUACUCCAGCAACAUUUGCUGUUACAAGCAGCUCCACAGUGUCUUCAAGCAGCUCAGAUAGUAUUAGUGCUAUGUCUACAUCAUACAUCAUCCAUUGUACAACAACUACUGCACCAGCAACACAAAGAUCUGGAAGUGUUCCAUUUAUGAUUGUAGGUGUCAUUCUUAUACUAACCUUACUGAUUGCCCUUCUGUACCUUAUGAGGAAGAUGGCCAAAAAACAACUUGCAGACGCAUCACGUGCUGAUACACCACAAGAAGACAUGCGAGAGGAAGUUGAAUAUGACAAAAUCAGACCUGAGGACCAGCAAACUGCAUGCCAACCUGCAGGGGUCUCUACCCUCAGCUUCUCUGCAGACCCAGACAGUCUUUAUGCUAAUUAUUCCUCCCACCAAGGCACUGAAUUAGCAUUUUCCAGAGUCACAUUUCACCAAUGUGACUUGGUGUACUCUGUCAUUCCACUACCCAGUGAUCAAUCUGAACCAAAUCAAUCUGAAAGCAACACAAAUGACUCACUCUAUUCCAUGGCUCAGCUACCACAGGCAACCUGAAUGUGGCUACUGUGAGUGAAAAAAGGAACUUUCUUGAUCAUAUUGAUUAUGAUUUUUUAAAUGUAAAUUUAGAGAUAUAAUUUAAUAUAAAAUAAAAUGAGAGAUCAAAUGACAAGCAUAUUCUUUCAUCUUCAAUAAAGUAUCUUUCCGUUCAAUGAUAGUUUGGUAAGAGUAAUUACUUUUACUAAAUGGAUGGAUUUACUGAUAAUAAGCUUUCAGAAUAAUUUAAAUAAUACUUAGUGAGCAUCAAACUGCAAGUAACCCCCACCUUAAGAAAUAUGUUUGAUGCUUUACAUUCUGUAUUAAUAAUUGUAUUAUUUAGUGAGGAGUAAACAAGAAAGCCUGCCACUGUAUUAAACUUCAUGAUGCCAGAUUUGAAUCCCAAAACUCCUGUGACGUUGUCCAUCACUUGGUAGAAAGAACAUCUGCUUUGUGAUUCUAUUACUUUAUGAAAAUAUUUUAAAUUAACAAGUGGCUGAGACUGAGAGUACACAAAGACAUAUUCUUACUGAAAGGAUGUGUGUGAAGUUCAGUGAACAAACUGAAGUCUGCCUGUGACCCUGCUGGUUAUACAGUCUGCAGUAUAAAGUUGGAAUGAUGUUUUAUAAAAUGAAAUAUCCUAGAAACUGUACAUCACAGUUUUUUUUCUGAAUCUUAUCCUCACUAGUAGGCCUACUUAAUUAUGUAUUUUUAGAUCUUCUUCCUUUUUUGUGUCUUAGGCUUUUAUAAGGGUGAAUGGACGUGAUCCAGUAAUAUUCAUGAUGCUUCUGCCAUGUAUCAAGUAGAUCAGUAAGCUUUUUCUAUUUCAGACCACUUAGAGGAAGACUUGCCUCCCCAAAGCACCAUUACACAGCCCACAACUGUUUCACUUUAACAACUCACACUGGACCACUAAAUGCAAAUCUAUUGUUAUUUGAUUGUGAGGCACUUCAAGCCCAUUGUGUUUCUCUUUUUAAUAUAAAUAAUCCUCAGAUGUAUUUUGACAUAAAUUUAAAGUUAUUUGUUUAUUGUUGUUUUACUUCUACAAGAAUUGACCCUUUUGUAAACGUGUGUCUUUUUGUUUCAUUAUUUAUUCACAUAAUACAGUACAUUUAUUUUAGCAGGCUCACUUUGAGAACUGAAACUUUGCAUUAGUCACCUAUUACCUGAAACUAAAAGUGAUUUGCAUCUCUGUAAAGGGUGCUGUACAAAUAAUGUUAUCAAAUAAUUAAUUCAGAGAAUUGUGAAGUGUGUUCUUUAUAUUUGAGUUGUGCAAUUAAUAAAUCUGAGAGUUGA